AUGACUCGCAAGAAGGUGGCUCGCAAGGCGACCCUCCAAUACAUCCCCCAUGACUCAACCCGACGUAAUAGAUUCAAGAAGCGCCUCAAGGGGCUGAUGAAGAAGGCGGACGAACUAGCCGUCCUGUGUGAUGCCAAGACCUGUGUACUGGUGUACGAGGAGGGCAAGGCGGCGCCGGAGGUGUUCCCUUCGCAGGCAGAGGCAGUGGGUAUCAUGAAUCGAUUCAAAAGCAUGCCGGAGAUGGUGCAGUGGAAGGAGGUGAUGAACCAGAAGGGCUUCAUCAGCAAGCACAUUGACAAGCUCCGGGAGCAGGUCGACAAGACCCAGCGCGAGUACGAGGACGGCAAGAUUAGGUACCUCCUUCACAAAACCAUGCAUGGUGACCUCUCGGGCCUCGUUGGCCUCAACAUCAAGGAGCUCACCAAAGUUGGCUACAAGGUGGACGUGCUUCUCAAGAGCAUUAGCGAACGCAUGUCAAAAAUCCAUUCUCGGACGCUGCCACCAGCUCCAUGUGUCGCUACCGGCAGCAUAGACAUGGGGUCUCCAGCGUUGUAUCCGGCACCACCUCAGCAGGAGAGCCGACUUGACAUGGUGAGCUCCGGAGGGGACCUCGACACCCUGGUCUAUGGUGGCUACGCCGGCGCCAACUUCUCUAGCAGUGAUAUGAUGAUGCAGAUGCAGUCCUUUGAUAUGGGGUUCGGUUCGAGUCCUUUCCCUCCCAUGUAA